ACCCUACACUGAGCAUGGCCCGACAUGCUCUUGGCCGGUUUUUUCUGUUCAAGUCGGUGCAAAGUUUGGACGGACUACGAAUAUAUUUAGUUUAUACACGACCUCUUUGAAACAUGGCUAAUCAAUCAUGGCCGGUCAGAGAAACAUGCUAGUACCUAGUAGCAACAGAAGUAAAAUUCUGUCAUAGAAGAAUGUCUCUACAGUUACAGUGUCAAAUUUAAAGUCACAUUGCAUUUUUUUGUAGUUUUUGCAGGUAAGUUUGGUGGGCGUCGAUGCGAUGGCGCGUUGGCUGCUGCUGGCGCUGGCGAGCGCGCUGUGCGCCGACGCCGGCCGCCCGGCGCGCUACGCCGACUACUCUGCCGCCCGCAUGCCACAGUACGACACCCUCUACGACGCCCGCGCCGACCAUCGCGGGCCCGCUGACGACUAUCGCGACCGCUCAGACCUUGCAGCCCCCAUAGAUUACAAUACUUAUGAUCAAGAAUCGAAUGACAAAAGAAAUCCGAAAACUCUUCAGGACGAAGAUUUGUAUCAAAUACCUAAUAAUAAUAACUUAAGAAAAGAGCCUACGACUAUAUCAAUAGAUGAUAUCGAUGCGGAUUAUAAUUUUAAAUCUGAAGAAAUAAUUCCAAAGAAUCAAAACAGUAACAAAAGGCCGAGAAAUACCAAUAAAAUAGAAGCGAAUGAAUCUGAUCAUCUUAGAUCAAAAAAUAGCCGUAACGUUAAAAACAUUCAUCGAAGACCUCAGGAUGAUAAAGACAAUGAAGCUACUUUAGAUCACCUUGAGGAAGAGAAGGAUCCUGGCUCCGAUAAUGAAAAAAAUAAAUUUGUCCGCAGGGACAUACGUCAAAAGGUUCGACGAAAAUCUUGGUAUCCGAAAUCUGCAGUGUUAAGAAACUCGGACUAUGAUGACCAGGGUGGGAGUAGACAGGGCAAAGAUGCAAAAAAAUUUGAUGGCCCAUUAUACACUGAUUCAGAAUUGGCGCAAAAUGCACCGAAUAUUGUUGAACCAGAUGAUGCCAGGUUAACAGAAAGGAGCCGACCGCCCAGUUACAAAGUCGUAGGUGAAGACAACGACGACUCGGAAACGCCGUCGUCUAGCAGGCACAAGGCGCCCAUGCCAAAGUCUAAAAAGAAAAACACUGAAUAUGUAGACUACAACGAUAUGAGCAGGAUCGAAAAAAUUAAAAACCUCCCUGCCAGAAGCACAACAGCGAGGACGGGCGCAGGCGCACCGCGGCGCUGGUCGUUCCAGGACGGCUUCCGCCGCCGCUUCUACAACACGCCUCCGCAAGAGGUGGAACAAUACGCUGAAAUCUUGACCAACGCGCACCCCAGCGACGCUUCGGCUGCUCUCACCACUGCUAACAUGACCACUCCUUCACCACCAACAACCGGUAUCGAUGAACCUCUCGCUCCGCUCUCUAAAGAUGUACUCGCAAAUAUCACGGCGUUUGUGAACAUGUCGAAGCAGUUAUCUAUAGCCGAAAUGUCACAACUCUCUAUUAUGAAAAAAGCCCAAAGGAGAGAUAGUGUCAAGGACGAAAUGUUGAAGGAUAAGCCCCCGGUGUUACUUCAGGUAACUGAGAGGUUGCAAACGGUAGUAAUGGUAGAGCCGCCGCCCGUUACACAGGAACCGUGGUUGCGAGCGAGAGAUAUCGCAGAGGACUCUCCCGAGCGCAUUGCAAAAGUGAAACGUUUCAUGAGGAACAAGCUAGUUGCGAACGCGAGAAAUAUAAGCGAGCUGAUGGAGAACUGGGAUGAUACCGUGUGCGACUAUGUAGACAUCGCGCUCUUAGAUGAGAGCGGUGCGGUUUGGAUGCACACGCACAGCUCUUAUAUAUAUUUGCUGUCAUCCAUAGGUUGCACAUUGAUUGCGUAUUCAGCAUUCUGUUUAUUCUGAUUCACUCUGUCAUCUUACUUAUUUCUUCUCUAACUUAGAUUCCUAUCUUUGUGGUUGUGUACAGACCUGGGGACCAAUUUUUGACAUCUGAACGCUCGUAAUCGAAGAUGAGGGGACGAGAAUUUUCACGACUAUUUUCGCAUGAAUUUUUAUAGAGUCAGACCAAGAUAAGUUGGCAGCGAGUUUGAUAGCCCGCACAGUGCAAGUGUAGUUUUAAGCGUCAAAAUAUAUGAAAUUAUGACGUUUACCUAACCCUUUACCAGGCUGACAGUUCAAAAAUGACAAUCGAAUGUCAGUCUUACUCAUCGAAAAUAGAACACAUGUUUAAAGAGCCGCAUGUGGGAAAUAUAUAUCCCUUAGCCUGGUAAAGGGUUAACCCUUGUACAGGCAGGGCUAUCAAAAUCGCCGCCAAUUUAGCUUGGUCUGACUCUAAAUAUCUACGUAUUAGACUUGACUACCCUCAUGACCAGGGGUCGGACAAAAAGUGCGGAUGACGUAAAAAUGACGUAAUCUUGCACACAGGAUGAUGUUUGAGUUUGUAUUUAAACUUCCGUGUGACAUGUAGUAACAAAGUAGUAUUAAUGAAGUAACAAAAUAAUCGUAAAUAAAUCCAUGGAAUUAAUAAUACAGGUGGUAGGGUGAUGUAGUGAAUAAAAUAAAUUUCACGAAACUUGUUACCAUAAGGUAUAAUUAUUUGAAAUUAGUUAGAACAAGUCUGUGGGAUUGCCACAAUAUUCAAGUAAAGAUGACAUUUUAGAGCGUUUUC